CACACGCCACCUGAUACCCAACCGACCCAAGUCUCUCUAGAACUGGCUCAGCAUGUUGCGAGUCAGUCCGCUUGAGUCAAUGAUUUUGAGCGGUUGAGCGCUCAGUGCAGCCAGCAGCGCAGAGUAUACAGGCUACUUAACGGUUCUGAGCUUGGAAUUAUACCAUAAGAUCGAAAACUUUGUGAUAUGUGCCGAUUGUGAACCAUCCCGGUGUGCGCGGAAAACUACAUGUGAUACUUUAGCCUAGCAAAUUUUGGAAUACAAACAAACACUCUUUGAUUCGAUUGACCGAUUGACCAAAAAAGGCACAAACAUUCUCAGAAGACUCACGAUGUCGUCCGGUGGACAGCAGCGCGGAUCCACGGGAAGCGGACACACGCUCAGUAACAGCUUUCUAGAUCUGGCUGCGAUCAGGAUGCUGUUGGACGUGGAGACUGGAUCCGCGACGUGCCCAAGCUGUGGCAUGCCCUUCGAUAAGGGCAAGAAACGUCGUCUGAUCGACAACUGCGGCCACGAGAGGUGCUAUUCCUGCAUGUUCACAAGCGAGGUCUGCCCUACGUGCAAUCCUGAAGCCGCAUCAAAGGACGUCGUCGACUAUGCUAAUGUGUUGCCACAGUCGAAGAAACUGGGCUGCUCGGAACUGCGAGGCUCGGAGAUUACUUUGUACGGCGAAGUCACGUCGCCCCUUUAUGAGAAAUGCCAGCCGCAGAGCACGAGGAAUAAGGUCAAGACGAACGGACAUUUCACUUCUUUCAUACAAAAUCGUCAAAGCCCGGCGGUGGAGUCUGGACAUCCGGAGAAAUUGCCGAAGACCAGACCAUCGAAUCCUCGGGUAAGGCCAUCGUCGGAGAGAGAGAACCACCAGCAGAACGUGAUGACUCAGAGCUGUCCGACGCCUCCCCAAUCGCGGAGGAGAUACUUCCUGAGCCCUAAAGCCCUCCGCAGUCCGUUCGGGCAACGGGCUGCCAGCAGACAGACAUCUGGAGACUCAGCUUUCUCAGAACGAAUGACUUCAUCGACCACAUCGACGGACAGCAAAUAUUGGCCUAGCACCUUACUAGGAAAAAUUCGCUCCUUAUGGUCGGCUGGUAGUUCCAGUGCUAGCACUGGGCUCAAUCAACUCAUAUCAGAUGAUGAUUGCGGUAGCGAGAAGCAACUGGCCAAAAAGUCGUCAGAUGACAUGUACAUGCGUCUGGGAUUAUUGCUAGGAGACAACGCAACUCGGAGGUCGAAGAGGCUGAUGCCUUCCUCGAGAGCCACUCAUGAGUCGUGCUCAUCCCUGGCCAGUUACGACACCGGGGCUGUGAUGUCUACCAACACGAGUCCGGUAUCCACCUUGACUGGAAGCUCCGAAGAUCAGCAUAGAAACAAUGCAGGUUCAGACAGCGUGGGCUCUUUAAUGUCCAUGUCCGUUUCCGGUCAGAGCAAUUGCAGCUCGAGUCCAAUUAGCAGGAGACAUAGUGUGACAACUACCCAAGGUGGACAGGUCGAGGAUUUGUCGAUGUUUCAUUCGCGUCGGAAUUACGCCAGGAGGUCGGCGAGAAAUGGCACGGUGAAAGGUCCGAUCGAUCCGAAAAUUAGAUUCGCUCAGUACCGGACGCCUCAAUUAACGCUGAAGCCUUUGUUCUUCGAAGUACCGUUACAAGAACCCGAUCCCUUAUUCUUGGGUCGCCAGUGGCUGGUGAAAGAAAUUGGAGAGAUCGUCGGCCACUCAUCGCCCGGUGUCCUUCUGAUGGGCAAUCCGGGAACCGGUAAAACUGCCCUCAUCCUGCAGCUCGUCGAGUACAGUUGCUUCGGACGCAGGAUGAGUCCGCAAAGUAUCCAUUCCCCUGACAGAUCUCGCAGUCCGUUGUACUGCCAAAUACCCGAAACCACAACAGAGAGGAUCAAGAGUCUGGCAAACCGCGUCGUCGCAUACCAUUUCUGCCAAGCUGACAACAACAACAGCUGUUUAGUACCUGAUUUUAUUCAUUCGAUCGCGGCUCAAUUGUGCCAAGCGCCGCAGCUCUCAGCUUACCGCGAUCACCUUUUAAGCGAAACCCACCUCCAAGGAGCGUUAUCUUUAAAAGAAUGCAUCGCUAACCCAGAUUUGGCCUUCAACCGUGGAAUUCUUGAGCCUCUGGCGAGCUUACGCCGUGUCGGGAAAAUCGAUGGUAGCAACUGCGUUAUUUUGGUGGACGGUCUGUGCGAGGCGGAAUACCAUCGACCGGACCAUGGGGACACAAUCACCUCCUUCUUGGUAAAGCACAUGCCGCAGUUUCCAUCCUGGCUGAAAAUAGUUGCGACCAUUCGCACUCAACUACACGAAAUUUCAAAACAACUUCCAUUCACAAGGAUCUCAUUAGACAAUAUUAACACGAACGAGAAUCUUCAGAAGGAUAUUUUGGAGUUCAUAAACUACCGCGUCAAGAAUAGCUCCAGUAUUCAGACGAACAUUACUGCUAGCGGUGUAAUAGAACAUCUCUCGCAAACCAAAUUCGCACAACACCUACUCACCCUCAGUCAAGGCUCCUUCCUCUUCGCCAAACUUACCUUAGACCUAAUCGAAAGACGACACUUGGUCGUGAAAUCCUCAGGCUACAAAGUUCUUCCAGUUUCUCUUGCCCAAAUAUACAUGCUUCACUUCAAUCUUCGCUUCCCAACACUCAGAUCCUUUGAGAAAGUCACCCACAUACUAAGCGUUUGCUUAGCAGCGUUAUAUCCUUUGACUUUGCUAGAAAUUUAUUACUCCGUAAAUUCUCUCUUGGUGGACACAUUCUUGCCGUGGGACGAGUUUCUGCAGCGGUUCAAAUUGUUAUCAGGCUUCUUGGUGAAGCGGUUGGAUAACACCUACAUGUUUUUCCAUCCCUCGUUCAGGGAGUGGCUAAUUAGGCGGGAAGAUAAUGAAAACAGCAAAUUCCUUUGCGACCUGAGAGCCGGACAUUGUGCAAUAGCAUUUAGACUGUCGAGAGUUCAAGCACCCUUGGACGCUGAAAAGACUUUGGAAUUGGGUCAUCACAUAUUGAAGGCUCACGUCUACAGGAAUAUGACGCUCGGCGAUAUAAGCUCCAGAGAUUUGCAGGCCCAAUGGAUCAUGGACAGUUCAAUGGACGUCUCGGAUGCGGUAUGCAAUCUGAGAAAUGUCUACAGCCCGAAUGUAAAAGUAUCCAGGCUCUUGCUUCUGGCAGGAGCUUCGGCCAACCACGUCACGGACUUCUUGGGCAAUGCACCGAUCCUAUGCAUGUACGCAAACGAGGGUAUUGUUCCGAUGAUCUCGCUUCUUCUCGAAUUUGGAGCGGACGUUGAGCUGUGCAACAGUCAAGGAUGUACUGCCCUGUCUCUGGCUUCGGCCAAAGGGCACUGCGAUGUCGUGAGGAAUUUGAUCGCCGCUGGAGCGAGCCCUGGACACGCGGAUACCGCUGGUUAUUGCCCCUUGGUGCACGCCGCUCGGAACGGAUGCUUGAACGUCGUCGGUUACCUGCUGGCAUGUGAUUGGUUGCUGAAGACUCCCGAAGACAUCGAGCUUCCAGAUGCAGCCCAGCAAGCGCUAAUUGCCGCCGCGGGUCAAGGUCAUCACGAGAUUGUGGAGUAUUUAUUAGACAUGGCUGAAGUUAAUGUGGAUUCUUGCUGCUCGUUAACCGGGGAAACAGCACUAACAGUCGCAGCUUCUAAUGGCUGUGUCUCCGUGGUCAAUGCCUUAAUCAACCGAGGGGCCAGCAUUUCCGUCACGAAUAAAAAGGAAAUGCCACCUCUGCUGUUAGCCGUCAAAGAAGGUCAUUGGGCCAUCGCGGAAAGGCUUAUCCAAAACCACGCAGCUCUCGAACAAUGUGACAACAAUGGUAGGAGCCCAUUGAUGUUGGCCGCCUCCGAAGGACACGUCGGACUAAUCGAAUUACUUCUAGACAGAGGUACUAAUUUGGAGAAGCAGGACCAAGAAGGUCUAACGGCUCUUUGUUGGGCGUGCCUGAGGGGCAAAAAGCAAGCUACACAAUGCUUGCUUGACCGAGGAGCUCUGUUAAACCACUCCGAUAAAACCGGAAGGACUCCUUUGGAUUUAGCAGCAUUCCAGGGUAAUCCUUCCAUCGUGCAACUUCUUUUAGAAAGAGGCGCUCUCAUCGAACAUGUCGAUAUCAACGGGAUGCGUCCACUCGACAGAGCCAUCGCUUGUAAAAAUAUCAAUGUAGUUCAAUGUUUCCUCAAGAAAGGAGCAAAAUUGGGCCCAGCCACCUGGGCCAUGGCGCAAGGAAAGCCAGAUAUAAUGCUUAUCCUGCUCAAUAAACUCCUGGAAGAUGGAAACCUGCUCUACAGAAAGAGCAGAUUGAAGGAAGCCGCCCAUAGAUACCAAUAUGCUUUGAAAAAGUUCCCUUCGGAAGACUUGACUAUCAACAACAUAAAGUUCAAGCAAUUGAAAAUCAACUUUUUGCUCAAUCAUUCGCGAUGCAAACGGAAAUUAAAGGAAUACGAAGAGUCCAUCGAACUGGCUAACGAAGCCCUGAAAAUGAAAUCUGAUUCGUACGAAGCACAUUACGCUAGGGCCAAAGCGCGAUUGGAUUUGGGCUUGAACGAGCAAGCAUUAGGCGACGUCUGCGAAGCCCUUCGUUUGGUGUCACCGCAAAAUGGAGAAGUGCGUAAAGUCCUUUUACACUUAAGGGAGGACAUCUCUUCGAGCAUGUCUACAAACAAGAACAGGAUAAUGAAUAACAAGGACUUUGCCAUUUCCGUGGACACGCUGCACGAGUAAUAACUAAAAUAAGCACAGCAUAAAAUCAAGGGAAGAAAAAGAAGACUGCAUUUUAUUUUGUAUAGUUAAAGAAGAGAGACGAGGGAGAGAGCGACAUAUAAGCAUGCAAGAAAAAACAUAUUCGUACUGCAAUUAUUUUUUUUUUUUUGUAAAUAAGUUUUUAUUUUAUUUAAUUUAUUUGUUGACUUUAUUGAUUAUCAUUCCUUAUACGGAUGGAACAUCCUGUUAUUAUUUGUUAUACUGCUUAUUAUAAUUUAGUAGCUUGCCAUUUGUUUGGUGGAAGUUUUUUUUCUUUCUUUUUCUUAUUAGCAAAUUGUUCACUUUCAUUUUCUCUUUUCAUUUUAUUUUUUCCGUUUGUUUCACGAUUUCAACAUAUUUGGUAUAGAAGAAGACGAGAGCGAAGAUUUUUUUCUAAUUUAUUUGUAUUUAAUACUUGACUAGAGUUCUAUUUAUAUCUCCUAAUUUAAUAAUUGUGCUAAGCAUAAGAGUGAAAUAUUAUAUACACAUGCAUAUUACUAUAUCUUAUAUUAUAUACAUUAUAUAUUCCAGGCUGAACUGGAUACAGUUGUGAACUGUGUGCGUAACUAUAUACUUUUUUUUUUGUUUUCAAUUUGUACUCCUGUGUGAAUUCGUAUACCUUAUUUAAGGAAAAGAAAUUAUUUAAAAAAAAUGAAAAUGUUUUAUGUAACCCUAAGAAAGGU